GCCGCACUGGCCGCGGAGCGUCGCCCUCGGGGCAUAACUCCCUGCCAGCCCUUACGGCGCACGCCGCCUCUGGUCGCCGUUGGCGGCGGCGGCGGCGGCGGCGGAGGCUCGUACUCGCUUCCCCAACACACGGGCCGCUCGGCCGGGAAAGCGGGAGAGAAGGAGGAGGAGAGGGGGGGAGGGAGAGAGAGAGAGAGCCGGCGUCGGAUGUUCGCGUUACGCCACACCGGUGCUGUGGUUGAGGCCUGGGCUCGUCUUCGGCGGGGGAAGCCAGCGAGCAGAUCCGGAAGAGGCGAGGCGGAGACGGGGCAAGAGUAAGCAGAAUGAUUUUGAUUGCAAAAAAUGAGGAACUGGAAGACUGCUUGUUGCCUUCAUUAAAAUGGAUUAUUUAUUAUUAGAGUAAUUUAAAUUCCUUGUAACCGUACUACAGCUCCUCCAUCUACAUAAAAAUGAGUGAAGUACAGGCAAUGGUAGAAUUCUCUGUGGAGCUCCACAAAUUUUAUAAUGUGGAUUUGUUUCAAAGAGGAUUCUAUCAAAUUCGUGCAUCUAUGAAAAUUCCUCCAAGAAUACCACACAAAAUUGAAGCAAGCUUAUUACGUGCAACUAGUGCUGAUCUUGCCUUCCCAGCUUCUGUGCAUGACAAUGUAGUCUGCAGUAAAACAUUUCAGAUUCUCUACAAAAAUGAAGAGGUCUGUGUGAAUGAUGCAAUGAUCUUCAAAAUUAAAAUGCUAUUGGAUGAAAGAAAGAUUGAAGAGUCUCUUAAUGAAAUGAAUUUCCUACUGUCUUUAGAUCUGCACUUCACAGAUACAGAUUAUUCACCAGAGGACCUGAACACUUUGCAGCUAAUUAGCAGCCGAACGCUAAAGUUGCACUUUACUUUACACCGAGGCCUUCAUCAUUACGUUAAUGUUAUGUUUGAUUACUUUCACCUUUCUGUCAUCUCUGUUAUAGUGCAUGCCUCUUUAGUUGCUCUUCAUCAGCCAUUGAUAAGCUUUCCUCGCCCUAUAAAGAAUACUUGGUUAAACAGAAAUGCACCAGCGCAGAGCAGGGAUUCUGUGAUUCCUUCUCUUGAAAGUGUUGUCUUUGGCAACAAUUACACCAAGCAAUUAUCAGCUGAUGGUUGCAGUUUUGUAAUAGCAGAACCUUUCUUGAAUCAUGCUUACAGUCUUCACCAUACACUUUGUGCCAGUUUGCUGUUCGCUUUCAAAGGAUUACACAGUUAUUUUACCAAUUUAUCGAAUGAACUGCCUUCCUGUCACAAAUUAGAUGCAGCCAAGUCCAGCAUGCAGGUCCUUUAUGAACGUCUUCUCAGAAGAAAAUAUCUACGAAUCCAGGGAGACGCCUAUCUAGAGAACGUAGAUGUAGAUGUAGAAGCACGCCUUUUGGAACUCUGUGAAGAAAUAAAGAAAAUGGAAAAUCCUGAUGAACUGGCAGAACUUAUAAACAUGAAUCUUGCACAGCUGUGCUCUCUCUUGAUGGCUUUAUGGGGACAAUUUCUGGAAUCUGUUAACUUCCAAGAAGAUGUCAUUGCACUAUUAUCACAAGAGCAUCAUAUAAUGCGUGUACGUAGAUUUUCUGAAGCUUUUUUUUGUUUUGAACAUCCCCGGGAGGCAGCCCUUGCGUAUCAAGAACUUCAUGCCCAGAGUUACCUUCAGAUGUGUACUGCAAUAAAAAGCACUUCCUUCUGUAGUUCUCUCCCACCUCUCCCAAUUGAAUGCAGUGAAUUAGAUGGAGAUCUGAAUUCCUUACCUAUAAUCUUUGAAGAUCGGUAUCUAGAUUCUGUCACUGAAGACGUGGAUGUUCCCUGGCUAACUAUUCAGCCGAAGUCUGAUUCCAAGAAACCAGAAAAACAAGAUACUGAAGAAAAUUUCACAACUACCUUUUUGAGUCCAGAGGUGAAAAAUAAACAUUUGGUAGCCUCAGAAAGUGAAAAGCAGCUUACAAAGUCUACAAAAGGAAAAUGUGAAGAUAUCAAUAAGUCCAAAGUUAAGGUCACCAAAUUAAUAAAAACAAUGAAACCUGAAAAUCCCAAAAAAGUAGUAAAACAAAAUUCUAAAGAUUCUGUUGUCCUAGUAGGCUAUAAAUGUUUGAAAAGUGCAGCAGCAGAAGAAAUUGCCCAGUGUUUUGAAGGAACUUCUUCAUACAACGAAAAAGAAGGACUGGAUGUUACUAUUGCUGAACAUGCCUGGGAUACAAAAAUCUCCCUACAACUAGUUGGUCAAAAAGAUUUUAAAGUUGAACAAAAAAAUAUUAAACUACAAGGGAAUGAGGAAAGCCUGCAUACUUCCGUCACCUCUCCCUAUGCAGAUUCAGUUAGUUUGAGUAAAUUUUGUACCACCCAGACUGGAAUUGAUGACAGUCAUGAGGAUAUCAGUUUGACAUCCAGAACUGCUGCUGACAAUUAUGUUACUUCUUCCGCAGUUACAAAAAUAGAAGUGAAACCAUACUGUAGGAAAUCACAUGGAGGAGAUAAAGUGUUUGUUCGAAUUGGAUCAGGGACAGAAGAUUUACCAGGGGAAGCAUUACCAGAACUUACAUUUGAAGGUUCAGAAUCAGAAAAGAGAUCUAAAUCAGAAGAGGAACUAACUCUUGAAACAAAAGUUGUGCAAGAAACAGAUCUCCAACAUGCUGAGGAUUCUUUGACCAGGGUCACAGCUACUCAAUCAACAAAAGAAAUUCCCACUACAGUUUUAAGUGGAGAGACUCUUAAAUUGCCUGAUGUUAAUAAUACCUAUGCAUCAUCUAGGUUCUCGGAUUCUGGUGUAGAAAGUGAACCAAGUUCUUUUGCAAUGCAUCCAAGUGCAGAUGCAGCUUUUGAAACUCCUCAAGGCCAAAGCACAUGCAACAGUGAAAAAGCAUUUCCUCAACUUGUCCAAAAACCAGAUGUCAUGAUUAAAGCUCUGAUGGAAAGUCACUAUACUGAGAGCACAAGUGAAAUACAAUCUUCUCUGACAUCUAUAAACUCUCUCCCUUCUGAUGACGAUCUUUCCCCUGAGGAAAAUUCCAAGAUAUCCGUUUUACACGAAUGUCAAUUAAGGGACAGUAAAACAGUAUUAGACUUGGGAGCAAUUGAUUUGACAAAAUGUGAUGAUGUUGAUGAGCCCGAUAUUUUGCCACCUCACUGUAUAACGUAUUUUGAACAAUCAGACAAUGAAACUACAUGUUUGCCUUCCUUGACCUCAAAAAUCAAGCAUCCUCAACAGCUAGUUUGUAAUGAAGAUACAUCUACAGCUAUGAACAUUCAUGGCCCACAAUUCACUUUAGACAAUACAUGUAAAGAUGCCCAAAGAUUAGAGAAAGACUUUUACACUGUAGAAAAAUCAAGUGAAAUUCCUUCAGGAGUUGUUUAUCCAGGAAACGCCUGUGUUGUUUCAGGUUCUGUAAGUUCCUGUGCUGAUAAUGCGAGAAAGACAAGUGAAAGGAAUAUUGAUGAAAUGUUAGAGCAAAAAGAAAUGACUGAUAAGUUAUUAAUUACAAAAAAUCAAAAUCUUACAAACUUGAAUGUCCCCUCGUCAGAAGGUAGUACUGAUAUAUUAAAACAAGGACUUGUUGAAAACUACUUUGGCUAUCAGAAUAGUACAGAGAUUUCCAAUGUGAGUUCUGUUGACAGCAGCAAUCUUGUUAGCCCUCAAAGGGGAACCUUAUGUUUUGCUUCCCCCCAGGAGGAGGAAGAGGAGGAUCAAGAUCAAAGCAUGGUGGAAAAUGGUUAUUUUGAGGAAGCAGUAGAUGAUCUUUUGUACAAAACUAUAAAUGAUUGUCUUGACGACUUUGAUUUAACAAGUGAAAGAGGUUUAAGAAUAGAAAGUUUGUCUAAUGAACUGUUGGGAAAUGAGACAAAUACAGCUCCAUUAUGCAAGCCAGAUAGUUUGAUUUUUCCUCCAGGCUUGAAAGGAUAUCCAAGUAGCAAUUUAUGGUCCGCACAUGAUAAAUCCAGUUCUUUUUCCAAGCAGUCCAGCACCUCGUCCUGUAGUGCAAUUUUAUCUGUUCCCUGGUAUGAAUAUUCUCCCAAACCACAAAUGCUAGCAUUCCUUCAUGCUAAAGACGAAUUGAAGCAACUUCAGCUUCCUGGAUUCAUGUACAGUGAUGUUUCCAGUCUAGCAUCUUCCAUGCCUUAUUUCAGUACAGAAGAAGAAAAUUCGGAAGAUGGAAUACACCUCAUUAUCUGUGUGCAUGGCCUCGAUGGUAACAGUGCAGAUUUAAGAUUAGUAAAAACGUACAUUGAACUUGGUCUUCCAGGAGGUCGUAUAGAUUUUCUGAUGUCUGAGAGAAAUCAGUUAGGACUAAAACCUAACAGACAAGCAAUGUAUCAUCUUGGACCAAUAUAUGCUGAAAUGAUCCAGAAUAUGCUUCUGCCUGUUCUUCAAAGCAAAGAUUGCAAUUUAAUUCGAUACAAUGUACAUUGUGCACUGCCAAACACAGCUGAUUCUCUGAUAGGAAGAGCUGCACACAUUGCUGUUUUGGAUUCAGACAUAUUUUUGGAAAAGUUUUUUCUAGUUGCUGCCCUAAAAUAUUUCCAGUAGGAAUAAAAACAUUGUAACAGACUUGGUUAUUACCUCAUUAACAGAUAAAUAAUGUGUGAUAUUAAACUGUAGUUACUGCGGUAUUUUAAGAGAUAUUUAUACUUUUUUAUAUGGAAGAUAAUUUAUAUCAUCCAUGUGAAGAGCUUUUUUAACAUCAACUUUACUUUCUAGGUAUGUGGCUGUGCAAUAUUUUUAAUGUUUUUUUUUCUAUUUUUCUUAUUUUGGGUACCUAAUUAUUUCAGAACAGAUUUAAGCACAGUUAUGUGCAAUUGCUGGAUUUAGACUGCAAAUGUUAUAUUGACUACAUUUUUAUGUGUCUUUAGAUGCCAAAAACUCUAAAUUUCAAUGUCUAAGGUAUUAAUUUGAUAGAUCUCUUUAGAACUCUAAAAAGCUGAACUGGAAAACUGCUGGCUGCUAAAAUAACUAUAAUAAGUAUAUAGGUUUGUUCAAGACCACUCUUUUGAGACACCUGUUGGUUACGUCACUACAUUCAAGCUGAACUACUUUCUAGAGAAGCAUUAUUGAAUAUACUCUGCCUGUGGAAACUACAUUUUUCUACUGAUCUCAAUAGGACAUUAGUUUACAUUUUCACCUUUAUUACUGGAACAUUAGUUUUCAUAAGCAAGCAAUUAAGGAUUUUUGAAUGUUGAAAUGUGAGCUGCCUUCAAGUGGAGUUUUGAAAAAUUUAAUAAAAUUGCCCUUUUUUAUUGGUUCAGUUCUUCAGUGAACCUUUUACAUGGGACUUCCUUGUAUGUACAUUUUUAAAAAAGUAAACAUAAAUUUCUGCAACACUUUUAUGAAUGUAAAUUUUUGAAUAUUAAAAUUUAUUGACAAAUUAUUGUAAAUAGAAAUCAGUUGCAUCUUGAAAUGGAAAAAAAGUGCGAAAUUUUUGUGAUAACUAGUUUUUUUAAAAAUAUCCAAGAAUGCUAAAAGUCUUACUGAGGUUGAAAAAUAGUGAAUUCAAUAUUCAUCCCUUUUCACCUUUUUUCAGGCAGAAUGCUUUUAAAAGGGAAAAAAAUCUUGUCAUUAUGCAAUUGUAACGAACAAUUUUUCCGAGAAUACAGUUUUGUAGUAUAUCUAAUGCAUGUUUAUUUUCUAACAUUAUGUUAUUGCAUCUUGUGUUAUUAAACUAAAAAAAUUAUUAGAGAAAGCAAGAUUUUGCUUUUUCCACUUCCUGAGGAUAAUAUAUAACCUCACAUAGAGCUUGAUAAGAGAUUGAAUAUCACUUAAUUUGACAGGUUUUCACUGCAAACUGUCCAUAUGUGCUACUGGUUUAAAAUCUUGCAUUUUCUAAUUUGAAUAGUGUUUAAGAGUAGUUUAAUUAUGUGGAUGUGCAAUGGUUUGCAAUAGUGUGUUACUGAAUUUUAUUGAGCAAGGCUUAGAAAUAAUUACUGCUACUGGGCCAUUUCACCGAUUGUACUAAGAGCCCAAUCUGUGGUUAUUUCUCAGAAGAAAAUCCCUAUGAGUUUUAAAGGAGUCAGUUUUUGAGUACUGAUACAACAAUUUUAUGAGUGGCAACAUUUACUAACAAACACAGAUUCACAGAAAUACCUAGUUUUUUAUGCAAUAUAUAAAUAAUCCUAAGAUUGCAAUAUUUUUACUGCUUGUAAAACACCAACAAUUCUCAUUUUGAAAACAUACUAAAAAAAGACUAAUCAGGCUUUGGCCUAGUUAAUAUAUAAGAAUGGAAAAGUAAUUUAGAAGCAGUGGAAAGGUCUUAAUAGUGUAUGUUAAUGAAUUGUUGGAUUUUUUUUUCUGUUUGCAUUCUUGAAACUAAAAGCGAAGAGAAAGAAGGUGAAUCAAUGAUUGACUCGUAUUCAGUUUUUUCCAUUUUAUUGUUAACUUUAAAUUGAUAGAUUGGUUAAUAGUGAGUGUACAGAUGUAAUUGAAAAUUUUAUUUGCCGUGUUUCAAAAGAUUAAUUAACAACCUGUCAAUGUUUUAA